CCUGCCGAUAAACCGCUCUGCAGGGUACGGUGUGGUUGGGCACUCGAUGGGAGGCCAGGCGACAGCGUUCAGCGCGGCGCGCAACUCCUCCUCCCACAACAUAAGCGCGGCCGUCCUGCUACACCCCUUCACGCACACCUACCCCGCGCUGCGCGUGCCGUUCCUCGUCUUUACUGGCACGGCGGAGGACACGGCGCCGCCGGCGUGGUCCAAGGCGCUGUUCGACGCGCCGGGCGCCUGGCCCGUCCGGGGCCUGGUCAACAAGGUGGGCGCCACGCACCACGAGCCCCAGAGCGGCACGGACUACAACCCGAGGCUAGCCUACUUUGCAGCCGCCUGGCUCAAGCUCUACCUGACGCGCACUCCGCGCGGAAGCGGGCUCGACUUUGAGGCGGCGAUCUUUGGCAACUCGACGGGCAGCCUCUGCGGCGGCGGCGACGGCAAGGUGCUGGACUGCGAGCUUCGACGGCGGUGAACGAGCUGCCCUCAGAAUGAUUGAUAACCCCUCCAUCAUGUGGAGGCAAGACAAGGGAGAAAGCGGAGAAAACACGCCAGGGCGCGCUUGCGGAGAGGGCGUUGUAGGCGAUCGCCGCAGUGUAUCCAAUGAGACAAAACAAACUCGAUCGUAAGUCGCAUGC